AUGGAGUCUCAGGACGGAGCAGAGCUCUGCUUCCCGCAGCUCCUCAACACCUCCUGCAGGAAGCCGACAGCCCAGUCUAACGCUGUGUUCCUGAACAUCCUGCUGGUCUCUGUCUCUGUGCUUACUGUGUUUCUCAACCUGCUUGUUGUCAUCUCAGUCUCACAUUUCAGGCAGCUCCACACACCCACUAACAUCCUCCUCCUCUCUCUGGCUGUCUCUGACUUUCUCGUGGGCCUCCUGCUGAUGCCUGGAGAAAUCUUCAGAUUAACUACCUGCUGGUUUCUUGGUGAUGUCAUGUGUUCACUGUACAAAUAUUUAUCCUGCAUUGUUUAUAGUACUUCGAUAGGAGACAUGGUUCUCAUAUCAGUCGACCGUUACGUUGCUGUCUCUGACCCUCUGCAUUACCCCACCAGAGUCACUGUGAGAAGAGUCAAACUCAGUGUUUGUCUGUGUUGGCUCUAUUAUUUUUUCUACAGUGGUCUUUAUUUAAAGAAUGACUUGACUCAGCCUGACAGAUAUAACUCCUGCUAUGCUGUCACACUGCAGCGUUCAGUGACUCUAACAACAAAGAAGUCUGAGCUGAAAGCAGCCAGGACUCUGGGUGUUCUUGUUCUGGGGUUUCUAAUGUGUUUUUGCCCAUAUUACUGUGUGUCUCUUGCAGGGGACAGUGUGUUUAAUGGAUCAUCUGCAUCUUAUGUGGUUUUUCUGUACUAUUUUAACUCCUGUCUAAACCCUGUGAUCUAUGCCUUGUUUUAUCCCUGGUUUAGAAAAUCUGUUAAACUCGUUGUCACUCUUCAGAUUCUGCAGACUGGCUCCUGUGAGGCCAAUGUACAGUAG